AUGCCCUCAAGGUCACUUGUUGGGCUUUUCUCCAGCUACCUACCGCAAUCAUUGCGCGAGUCGGUGGAGCCCAACGUCCCUAUUUACGAGACACUGGUUGUCGUCGUGUUCAUCUCCCUCGUCCGCUACCUGGCAUACCCUUACAUCCAAGGCCGCAAGGAAGCUGCCGUCGCGUUCAACGUCCCCGUACCACCAGAAGUGCGCAAAAGCAACACCGGCAAGAAAUGGGAUGAGGUCUCGGGCGAGCAGAAGCAGGUGUUGGAGGAUCAAGCUCGGGGGAAAUGGAACGACAAGUUGAUUAUGAGCUACUGUCCCGCCGACGGUCGAGUGUUAGGGAAUGGGAUUCGCCCCGCGACGGUCGAUGAGGUCGACGAAUCGGUGCGGGCGGCCAAAUUGGCCCAGCGCGAAUGGGUCAAGACUACCUUUGCGGAGCGCAGGAAGGUUCUCCGGACUCUGUUGAAAUAUGUUCUUGAGCACCAGGACGAUAUUGUGACUGCUUGCUGCCUCGACUCGGGAAAGACAAAAGUGGAUGCCUCGUUCGGCGAGAUUCUCGUGACGGCCGAGAAGCUCAAGUGGACAAUCGAUCAUGGCGAGAAGGCCCUGCUGCCUUCGCGCCGACCUACCAAUUUCCUCAUGAUGUACAAGAAGAAUAUGGUCACCUAUGAGCCUCUCGGAGUAGUCUCCGCCUGUGUAUCCUGGAACUACCCCUUCCACAACUUCAUCGGACCGGUAAUCAGCGCUCUGUUCACCGGCAACGGUGUCGUCGUCAAGCCCUCCGAACAAACCGCCUGGUGUACCGCUUACUUCCUCGAUAUCGUCCGCGGAGCCCUCUCAAGCUGCGGACACUCGCGCGACCUGGUCCAAACAAUCGUGUGCCUUCCCACCGUCGCAGACAAGCUAACCUCACACCCGGAUAUCUCGCACCUAACCUUUAUCGGCUCCCGACCCGUCGCUUUCAAAGUCUGCGAAUCCGCAGCUAAAUCCUUAACCCCUGUCUGCGUGGAACUAGGCGGCAAAGAUCCUGCCGUCAUUCUCGACGACCCCCGUACCAUCCGCAACCUACCCAGCAUCGCCUCGAUCCUCAUGCGUGGCGUCUUCCAAUCCGCCGGCCAGAACUGUAUUGGUGUCGAGCGCAUCAUCGCCUUACCCGGUAUAUACGAGAAGCUUGUCGAAAUGGUCACCCCGCGUAUUCGCGACCUUCGUCUCGGCUCUAUCCUCCUCGAUACCCCAUCCACUGAUCCCUCCGCUUGCACCCCCGAUAUGGGCGCUAUGAUUUCCCCGGCCUGCUUCGAGAAGGUUGAAGCUUUGGUUGCCGAGGCUGUGAAACAAGGAGCUCGUCUGUUGGCUGGUGGAAAGCGUUAUGAACACCCGAAAUACCCUCAAGGCCACUACUUUACGCCUACCCUCCUCGUUGAUGUAACCCGGGACAUGCGCAUCGCUCAGGAAGAGCUAUUCGCACCUAUUUUUCUCGUUAUGCGCGCCGAUUCCGUCCCCGAUGCUAUCGCCAUCGCUAACUCGACCAUGUAUGCCCUCGGAGCGAGUGUCUUCGGGCACAAUUCUGCUGAUGUCCAGGCUUGCGUCUCCGGCAUCGAUGCUGGUAUGGUGUCUGUCAAUGACUUUGGCGCAUACUACGCCGUUCAGUUACCUUUUGGUGGCGUUAAGGGAUCUGGGUACGGUCGGUUUGCAGGUGAUGAAGGUCUGCGCGGGCUUUGUAAUACCAAGGCUGUUUGUGUGGAUCUAUUUCCUAAACUUGUGGGUACUGCUAUCCCUCCGCGGGUGGACUAUCCGAUCCAGAAGCGGGAGGGCAGUGCUGGGGUCAAGGAUGGUAAUUCAGCGUGGGAGAUGUGUAAGGGUGUUGUUGAGACAGGAUAUCAGUUGACGAUCGGUGGACGUAUUGCUGGUAUCUUACGCUUGUUGAGCAACAUGUAG